CGCGGAGCAGCCGCCGCCACCGCGCGCCCCCAGCUCGCCCUGGGUGGCCUCUGCCCGAGUCUCCAGGAGGGCAGCGGCACACGUGCCCGGCCUCGAGACCCACGCCGCAGGCUUGAGAAAGGAAACACCUGUAUUUGCCACAAUGCUCUCAUCCAGUGACUUUGCAUCUGCUUCCUGGGAGCUUGUGGUCCGAGUUGAUCAUCCAAAUGAAGAGGAGCAGAAGGACAUCACACUGAGAGUGUCUGGAGACCUGCACAUUGGGGGAGUGAUGCUCAAGUUAGUGGAACAGAUAAACAUAGCCCAGGACUGGUCAGACUUUGCCCUUUGGUGGGAACAGAAACAUUGCUGGCUUCUGAAAACACACUGGACUCUGGACAAAUGUGGGGUCCAGGCAGAUGCAAAGCUUGUCUUUACCCCUCAGCAUAAAAUGCUUCGCCUCCGCCUGCCAAACAUGAAGACAGUCCGACUGCGAGUCAGCUUCUCGACUGUGGUCUUCAGAGCUGUCAGCGACAUCUGCAGAGCCCUGAAUAUUAGAAGAGCAGAAGAACUGUCCUUAUUAAAGCCUUCAGGUGAAUAUUUUAAAAAGAAGAAGAAAAAAGACAAAAAUAAUAAGGAGCCCGUAAUUGAAGAUAUUUUAAACCUGGAGGGUUCUCCAACAAUUUCAGGUCCAUCUGUAAGUCCUGGCUUAUACAGUAAAACCAUGACCCCCACAUAUGACCCCAUAAACGGAACGCCAGCAUUGUCCACAAUGACUUGGUUCAGUGACAGCCCUCUGGCAGAACAAAACUGUAGCAUCCUGGCAUUCAGCCAGCCCCCACAAUCACCAGAAGCACUUGCUGAUAUGUACCAGCCUCGGUCUCUGGCUGACAAAGCCAAGCUUAACGCAGGUUGGCUAGACUCCUCACGUUCCCUUAUGGAACAAGGCAUCCAGGAGGAUGAGCAGCUGCUGUUACGAUUUAAAUACUACACUUUCUUUGACUUGAAUCCCAAAUAUGAUGCUGUCCGAAUAAACCAACUCUAUGAACAAGCCAGGUGGGCCAUUCUCUUAGAAGAAAUUGACUGCACAGAGGAAGAAAUGUUGAUCUUUGCAGCACUACAGUAUCACAUUAGCAAACUGUCGUUGUCCACUGAAAUACAGGAUUUUACAAAUGAGUCUGAGGUUGACGAAGUAGAAGCAGCACUUUCUAAUUUGGAAGUGACCCUGGAAGGUGGAAAAGCAGACAACACUUUGGAGGACAUUACUGAUAUCCCUAAACUUGCAGAUAAUCUCAGAUUAUUUAGGCCCAAAAAGCUAAUAUUAAAAGCUUUCAAACAAUAUUGGUUUGUCUUUAAAGACACAUCUAUAGCCUACUUUAAGAAUAAGGAACUUGAACAAGGAGAACCAGUUGAAAAGUUAAACCUUAGAGGUUGUGAAGUUGUGCCAGAUGUAAAUGUAGCAGGGAGAAAAUUUGGAAUCAAAUUACUAAUCCCAGUUGCUGAUGGUAUGAAUGAAGUGUAUCUGAGAUGUGACCACGAGAGUCAGUAUGCCCAAUGGAUGGCUGCCUGCAUCUUGGCAUCAAAGGGCAAAACCAUGGCAGACAGCUCCUACCAGCCAGAGGUCCUCAACAUUCUUUCUUUUCUGAAGAUGAAAAACCGGAACUCAGCAUCUCAGGUGGCUUCUGGUCUUGAAAACAUGGACAUAAACCCGGAAUGUUUUGUGUCACCUCGGUGUGCAAAAAAGCACAAGUCUAAACAGCUGGCAGCCUGCAUUCUGGAAGCCCACCAGAACGUGGCCCAAAUGCCCCUGGUCGAAGCCAAGCUGCGAUUCAUCCAGGCAUGGCAGUCUCUACCUGAAUUCGGCCUCACCUACUACCUUGUCAGAUUUAAAGGAAGCAAAAAAGAUGACAUUCUGGGAAUUUCAUAUAAUAGGUUGAUUAGAAUCGAUGCAGCCACUGGGAUCCCAAUUACAACAUGGAGAUUUACAAAUAUGAAACAGUGGAAUGUAAACUGGGAAAUCCGGCAGGUGGCUAUCGAGUUUGACCAGAACGUCUCCAUUGCGUUCACCUGCCUGAGUGCGGAUUGCAAAAUCGUGCAUGAGUACAUCGGAGGCUACAUUUUCCUGUCCACCCGCUCCAAGGACCAGAAUGAAACGCUUGACGAGGACCUGUUCCACAAGCUGACCGGCGGCCAGGAGUGA